CCAAGUUGGGCUCCAUCGCUGCUCUCGCUCCCCUUCGGGGCCCCCGCCCGCCUGGGAAGCAGAGAGAAAGCCGGGCCCAGCCCUUCCUCGCCCUUCCCCUCACCGCACAGCCCGGAGAGGUCGGGUAAGGGGGAAGGAGUGAACGUGGGACGGGGAGCCCCGGGCCUGGGGGAUCUGGCUGUCCCCGUCCCGGUACCUCGCGCGGAGUUCCAGCCCUAGGCCUGGCUCCGGCUCCCUCUGCUCUGCGCCAUCGCGCUCGGGAUGACGGGCCCACCCCGGGGGAGCAGCCAGAGGCUGGAUCUCAGGGAUGCCAGCUCCCCAGCGGAAGCACAAGCGUGGAGGCUUCUCUCACAGGUGUUUGCCCACCCCCGCAGACGGCGAUGACCCCCCAGCCCGCUGGACCCCCAGACGGGGGCUGGGGCUGGGUGGUGGCGGCCGCAGCCUUCGCGGUGAACGGGCUGUCCUACGGGCUGCUGCGCUCGCUGGGCCUUGCCUUCCCUGACCUUGCCGAGCACUUUGACCGAAGCGCCCAGGACACUGCAUGGAUCAGCGCCCUGGCCCUGGCGGUGCAGCAGGCAGCCAGCCCCGUGGGCAGCGCCCUGAGCACGCGCUGGGGAGCCCGCCCGGUGGUGAUGGUUGGGGGCGUCCUCGCCUCGCUGGGCUUCGUCUUCUCGGCUUUCUCCCGCAGUCUGCUGCACCUCUACCUCGGCCUGGGCCUCCUCGCUGGCUCUGGUUGGGCCCUGGUGUUCGCCCCUGCCCUAGGCACCCUCUCGCGUUACUUCUCCCGCCGUCGAGUCUUGGCGGUGGGGCUGGCGCUCACCGGCAACGGGGCCUCCUCGCUGCUCCUGGCGCCAGCCUUGCAGCUUCUCCUGGAUACUUUCGGCUGGCGGGGCGCUCUGCUCCUCCUCGGCGCGAUCACCCUCCACCUCACCCCCUGUGGCGCCCUGCUGCUACCCCUGGCCCUUCCUGGCGACCCCCCAGCCCCACCGCUUAGUCCCUUAGCUGCCCUCGGCCUGGGUCUCUUCACACGCCGGGCCUUCUCAAUCUUUGCUCUAGGCACAGCCUUGGUUGGGGGCGGGUACUUCGUUCCUUACGUGCACUUGGCCCCCCACGCUUUAGACCGGGGCCUGGGGGGAUUCGGGGCAGCGCUGGUGGUGGCUGUGGCUGCGGUGGGCGAUGCGGGCGCCCGGCUGGUCUGCGGGUGGCUGGCAGACCAAGGCUGGGUGCCUCUCCCGCGGCUGCUGGCCAUAUUCGGGGCUCUGACUGGGCUGGGGCUGUGGGUGGUGGGACUGGUGCCCGUGGUGGGGGGCGAAGAGAGCUGGGGGGCUACCCUGCUGGCCGCCGCUGUGGCCUAUGGGCUGAGCGCGGGGAGUUACGCCCCGCUGGUUUUCGGUGUGCUCCCCGGGCUGGUGGGCAUCGGAGGCGUGGUGCAGGCCACGGGACUGGUGAUGAUGCUGAUGAGCCUCGGGGGGCUCCUGGGCCCUCCCCUGUCAGGUAAGGACCUGAGCUGGCAGAUCUGCCUACAACUAUCCUCUGCCCCUGGGGUGAGGGGCUUCUAAAUUCCCUUACCCAUCUCCUCAGGCUUCCUGAGGGAUGAGACAGGAGACUUCACCACCUCUUUCCUCGUGUCUGGCUCUUUGAUCCUCUCCGGCAGCUUCAUCUACAUAGGGUUGCCCAAGGCGCUGCCCUCCUGUGGUCCAGCCUCCCCUCCAGCCACGCCUCCCCCAGAGAGGGGGGAGCUGCUUCCGGCUCCCCAGGCAGUCUUGCUGUCCCCAGGAGGCCCUCGCUCCACUCUGGACACCACUUGUUGAUUAUUUUCUUGUUAGAGCCCCUCCCCCAAUAAAGAAUUUUUAUUGGGUUUUCCUGAAACCUCCAACUGUUCACCAAUCUAGGACCCUGAAAAUAUUCUCCUUAAGACAGCCAGAAAGGCCGGUUCAAAGGAACAGGAUCCCAAAAGGCCCUGGGUAUGAAGAAGGGGGACUGUCUAUCCAGGCAACCCAUUUCCCUUCACCCAAGUCCUGGCGGUAACAGGGAAUCUUUGCAAAGUUGUCUGGCAGCCAGUUUCAGUGUGUUGCUGGGGUUGGAGGUGGGUUGCUCGUGGGUACUAUCUGCCCCAUCUUCAUGUCCCUUACCCUAGUCCCCAGACCUCCCAGACUGACUCUUCCCUGCAUUUCAAUCUCCUUCUAUGAGCCUGAGGGAAAUACAAGAAUCCUAGGCUCAGACUUCAGUUCUAC